UUUCAUUUCCGUGAAAAAAUGACUGCCUUGCGUUUUGUCCGCUCUGUUUGGGAGUCCUUUCGGGCUAAUUCGGGGCUAGAGCCUCGUCUGCUAGACAAUCUUCGUGUGACUGCUGCCAAACCUGGGUUGGUCAAUUUUGAGCUCGAUAUUAAGAAGGAGCACACGAACCGCCUGAACAUCCUCCAUGGCGGCACCAUUGCGAGCAUGGUGGACCUUGGUGGCUCCCUAGCUGUCGCUUCCCGUGGUCUGUUCGCGACCGGUGUCUCGACCGACCUGAAUGUGACGUACCUCAGCUCUGGUGGCAAAGUAGGAGACAAGAUCCUAGCGGAAGUCAGCUGUGACAAAUUUGGCAAGACCCUUGCAUACACAUCGAUUAAAUUCGCCAACACUAAGGGUGAAGUUUUCGCCAGGGGAAGCCACACCAAGUUUGUCGCUCUUGCGUGGAAAGACCCCCAAAAUAUUGUUGAGGAGAUCAAGAAGCUUGAGUCCGAGUCCUCAUCAUCUUAGGUAGUCAUUACGCAUGUCUGGUGCGUUUGCUUAGGCGAGCUUAUUGUUUGCUAAUAUAGUAAACACUGGCCUCUUCUUCGGCUGGGCACGAUAGAGCACAUGGAUUAGAAUGGAGUAUAGAGAUUUUUUAUGUAUAUAAAGCGGAACUAC